GCUCUGGUGGGUAGGUGGGUUCAGACUGAGGGGACUACGGGUCGGCGUUGGGCUCAGCGGACUCGAAACAAAGGACUAUCCGGUAGGGUUUCGACUAGGCACCUUCUGCCAGCGCCGCGUUGGGGGACCCCGCGCAGCGGCACCUGCUGCUGAGGGACCCCGCGGCCCGUCCAGGUGCUCAUGAUGGGGCUGAUCUUCGCUAAACUGUGGAGCCUCUUCUGUAACCAAGAACACAAAGUAAUUAUAGUGGGACUGGAUAAUGCCGGGAAAACCACCAUUCUUUAUCAAUUCUUAAUGAAUGAAGUGGUCCAUACUUCUCCAACUAUAGGAAGCAAUGUUGAAGAAAUAGUUGUAAAGAAUACUCAUUUUCUUAUGUGGGAUAUUGGUGGUCAAGAGUCCCUACGGUCAUCUUGGAACACAUAUUACUCAAACACAGAGUUCAUCAUUCUCGUUGUUGAUAGUAUUGACAGGGAACGACUAGCUAUUACGAAAGAAGAAUUAUACAGAAUGUUGGCUCAUGAGGAUUUAAGGAAAGCUGCAGUCCUUAUCUUUGCAAAUAAACAGGAUAUGAAAGGGUGUAUGACGGCAGCUGAAAUCUCUAAAUACCUCACCCUUAGUUCAAUUAAGGAUCAUCCAUGGCACAUUCAGUCUUGCUGUGCUUUAACAGGAGAAGGGUUAUGCCAAGGUCUAGAGUGGAUGACCUCCCGGAUUGGCGUGAGAUAACUUUUUAGCUUGAAAGAGACUGCUCUAUUUAUUCUAUGACAUGAACAUUUUUCCUAGUACCUUUAGCUGCUGAGGCAGCAGCAUGUUUAAUUUAUAACAACACAAACCUCUAUGAGCAACACUUGAAUCAAGUGCAGCUGAACUGGAACAUAAAAGAUUUUUUCUUAACUUUUUUUAAAUGCACUAAUCUUCAGUUGGAUGAACAUAAUGCAUAACUGUUUUCAGCAACAGAACUCUUCUGACUGCUUAUUCUGUAUUCUAAUUAUUCAGUGACUGCCUUGUAAAAAUGUUUGUCAUGUUUAAUGUUUCAAAAGUAUUGUUAUAACCUUUAUGAGCAAUUUCUUUCCAUUCAUGAUCACUACUCCCUCCUUCCAGUUUUGACAGAAUUUUAGUGGAAAUUAUCAGGUACUACUUCCAAAUUUUUCCAGCACUAAAUAUUUGUUCUUUUUAUGAAUCAUUUAUCUUUCUGACAGACUUUAUUCUAAAGAAAUAAAUCUGCCUAGAAGAUACAUAUAAGAAAGAUUAACCAUUAUGAAUAUUUGCCUUUAAUUCCCUCACAUAUUGCAUUUCAUGGAAGAAUUGUAAGUUGCUAUUAGCAUGGAAAUUAAGUGGACUAUUAAUUUAUAUAAAGAAAUUGAGUUCACUUUUGUGAUUACAACAUUUGGUAAAAACUAAUCCAGGUAAAAUAUUUAUUUGAAAGCCUGGCAUGGAUGGUAAAUACUGUUGGAUUAGUCUGGUAAUUUAAGGAAUGUCAUUAUUCAACGUGUAUAUAAUAAUCAGAAAUUAUUAAAGCACACCAGCACUAAAAUUAAAAUAUGACAGCUGAAUCUAUUUUACUAUCAAUUUGCAAACAACUCUGUUAUCCACAAAAUUUCAGCUAUUAUUUGAAGAAAACAACACAUCUGCUUUCCACAGUAGCUAAAGCAGAAGUAUGAACAGUCCUUUUUCUUUCUUAAAAUUUGGUAUAGUGUCUUUCAUAGCAUUUUUGCCACCAGCAGAAUAUUAAGAAACCAUGGGGCUUUCUUUAAAUAUUUUCAAGAAUGUUGUAUGGAGUAGCCUUGAAACAGUUGCCAUUUUUAAGUUAUAUGUACUUCAUGUUCUAAAAUCUUACAGGAAGCUGCUAAAUUUUAUCCUAGCUUUUAUAACAUUACUGUAAUACUCAAAGUUAGUAUUCUUAACACCACUUAAAUUCAGAAAUCAAAGUGCAGGAAAUGUCAUAAUCAAAAGUUUAUUUUUUGGAUAGCAUUAAGUUUUUGAGGCAGUUGUCUAAUGUGAAUAUCUGAGCAUUGCAUAUUUUCAAUUAAGAGGGAGGACAGGAAUUUUAAUUUUAAUUCUUUUAUUUCCAAUGUGUGAUUUUGCUCUAAAGAAGGUAUAGAACAUAUAUUUAGAGAAUGUUAUUCCAUUCUUGCAGUAUUUUUUUCUUUGGGAUCAAAAAUAAGAUUCAGUGUUCCUAAGAUUAUCAAUAUCUGUUCAAAAGUGGUGUUUUAAUUUUAAUAUUUGAUUUGUAAAUGAAUUUAAAUUUUGCUGUUUUCAGGUAUAUUUAGUUUACUAUAUUGAGAUGAAUUAAUUUAGAUAAACUUGAUAACACUUUCCUGAUUUGUUUAGUGGUAGUAUGCUCUCAAACAGAAAAAUGGCCAGGAGCAAGCUUUCUGGACUUUGGGAAAUAAUUAACUUUAUUUUGAACCUUUUAAUUAAUUAUUCUAUACCAAGUAGUGGCUAACUUUAGUUUUACUACAACCCAUAAUCAAGAACAAGUGAGAAAAGCAGAUAUAAGUCAAUACGGAUGCUUUGUGGGGUGUGUGUGUGUGUGUGUUUUGAGUGAUGGUGGUGGAGGGAGAUGAGAAUUAAGAAAAUACCAUUUACCUAAAGCACACUUUGCCUGAAUUUCUACUUGGUUUUAUUGUUUACCAUAAGUACUAAGGAUAAUUCUCAAAUCUAUCCUGAGAAAAAGUAUGUUUAGUACUUCAGUAUUAUGAAAUAAUUAUCUGCCUUCAUGUAUCCAAUAAGAUUGGCUGGUUCAGUUCUCUUCUAUCAAAUUACAUGGUUAUUUUUUAUAUUACCACUUCAGCAUUAUAUUGAAAGUGUUUUUAAUAGUUGAUUGUAUUUUGUCAAACAGCUAUACUAGUAGAGUCUAAGAUUCGCUAUUUAAUUUUCUAAAUAAUUUUUUUAAACCGUUUUGUUAUUUUUGGAUUUGAAGUGAUCUGUGUUAGCUGUUUGUUGAGGAGGCAGUCAUCAUUCAAGUAGACUUUGUGCCAAUGAUUGGGAAAAGUUCAAUUAGGAUGUUCAUACAAAACUUUUUAAAAGGUUUUCAUCAGAUCUUUCCUGUUAAAUAAUAUGAAAACUGAUCAUCCUUUACUCCAAGAGAAUGUCUUGACUUAAGCAAAUAUCUAAUACUGAAGCAUUGAUUUUAUUCAUUAUAAACAGCCAACAGAUAUUAUUUGAAAAAUGUAAAUUUGUGAUUAGUGCCUUUAUUCAUAUUUAAGAUAAGUUCUUAAUUUUGUAUUAUACCUGCUCUUUAGAAGUCUGAUUAGCAGCUAAUUAGUUCAACAAGGGAAUAAUUUGAGCUUUUAUCCUCUCUGUUCACAUAUUGCCUAGCAAAGUUUCUAGUAAGUGGGAAGUAAGAAACCCAACACACAUUACCUUCAGGAGAUUAUUAUACAUUUUAUUUUUAAAUGGAGGAUAAAGAAUUUAAAGUUUUGUGGGUUUUUUUUGUUGUUUGUUUUGUUUUUUAGUUGUAGAUAGAUACAAUACUUUUAUUUUUUAUUUAUCAAUGUGAUGCUGAGGAUAGAACCCAGUUCUUCACAGAUGCUAGGCAAGUACUCUACCCUAACCCCAAAGAAUUUAAAUUUUAAGGAAAAUAUUUUCAUUGUGUUAAAAUUAAAAUAUACUUGCUUUUGCAAGUUCAAAUAUGGCAUCUUUCUUAAUUCUGAGAUUUUGCUGAUUGAAACUCAUUUGAGAACUCUUUUAGAAUUAACUCUCCUUUUUAAUAAGGGAAUAUACUUAAUAUUGUUAAUGUAAUUUAAUUUCUUAAAACCUGAAAUAUUUAUAUAUAUAUAUAUAUAUAUACACACACACAUAAAAUCUAUUGAAAACUGAGGAUUAAAUAUGUAAUUUUUGCUUUUAGGUUCUUGUGUUAGUAUGCUUAAAGGUAUAUUCUGUAUUCAUUAGAAGAAAGAUAAUACAAAUUUCAGUGCUGAAAAUUUCUAAAUGUCACCACCCCUAUAGCCAUAAUCACUUUGAUUAAGCAUAAUUGAACUUUCAUUAUCUAUAAAAUAAAGACAAAAUAAUUAUUUUCUUAUGGAAGCAGUGAGUAAUAUAGGCAAUGCCAUUUACAGUAGCCUCUGAAGAGCCAUGGAAUGCUCAAAGCAAAGAAAAUUUUGAAGAAAACAAUAGAAGCUUUUUUUAUAUAUAUAUAAAUCUUUUUGGUCUAGUGUUGUAGGACAAAAAUAUAGAUGAAAUUGUUUCUGAAUACAACUCACUUAAUCCAUAACUGUACUUCAGGAAAAUGUACUGGUACUAUACAUAUAUAUAUGUAUGUUUUAUUGGCAUUUCUCUUAAAGUCUUAAUUUAUGGCUUUGAACCAAAAAACUUUGAAAUCAUAUUCAUUUAUUAUUUGAUUCCUAACCCCCUUGUCACUCAUUUUUUAUGCAAACAAGUAGGAAAUUAAAGUACAUUUAAUAACUACUAUUCAACUUAAAUUGAAUUAAUGGCUAAUGAUAAUACAAAAGAGAAAACAAGCCAUAUUGCAUAGAAAAUAAUAUUAUACUGCUUAAAAUGCAUUGGUGUAUGUUGGAAAUAACCUUCUUCUGGGAAAUUUAUCUUGCUCAUUUUCAUGGCUUUACUAAUUGGAUGGAAGUGGUUACUUCAGUUUAUUGCCUAUAAAUGCCACCCCAAACUACAAUUCUGUUUAACUUUUUAGUAUUGAAAAUAUACUGUAGCCAGACUGUCCUUGUUUAAUAAAUGUCUGCAUAAAUUUGAAACUUUUAUAGUCAAGGUUAGGUUUUCCAAUAGUGUCUCAUCAUUAUUCAUUGAUUAUAACUGUGAAGACAACCCAAAAGCUAGGCUCCUCCUCAAAAAAGUAUAGUUUAAGAAUUUUGGGUAACCAAAACUAUUUUAGAAAAGAUCAAUGUGAAAAAUAUGUUCAACUACUACAUUUUAAAUUUAGUGGGGGGGGGAGGGGAAAUGUGUUCAGGUGGCCUAGAGUCAGCUUUAAAUGUAUGUACUUUGAUGAAAUGUUUGGAUAGUGUUAAUUUGAAUGCUAUUAGAAACAAAUUCUAAAAGUAUAUAAUAUUUUACUGUAGAAUUAGUUGACCUGUAUUAUUUUUAAUGUGACCAAAAAAAUUGAAGACUGAUUAUGUUUUCAGAUUUUGGAAUUAUAGUCACCUAGAGGCAUCUUUUCCUCGCACCCCCCUCCCCCUUAACCAGUAAUCUGAAUGUUCUCCUGAAAAUGAAGAAAUAAUAUAAUGUGCUCUGCAUGGCUUUUGGAAUAAAAAACAAAAUCCUAGCCAGGGUCAGUGGCACAUACCUGCAAUCCCAGCAACUAGAGAGGCUGAGUCAGGAGGUUCAUAAAUUCGAGACUAGCCAGCAACUUACCACAGCCCUAAGUGACUUAGACCAUCUCAGAAUAAAAAACAAAAAGGUGCUGGGGAUGUCACUAAUGGUAAAGUGCCCCUGGGUUCAGUCCCCAGUACCCACCCCUCCACCCCCCACAAAGAAAAUGAAGAAGAAAAGAAAGAGGGAAACAACAUUCUGAAAGAAUGGAAAUGUUUUCUUGCAUAAACUUGUAAAUUUUUAAUUAAAAAGUUACCUCAUUUUUCAGUCCACAAGGUGCUUUGCUCAAGUUUGUGGGAUGUUACACCAUCCCAUAAUACCCCAUUUACCCAAACUGUGUUUGAAAUAUGCAAAAUUUACAACUAAGGAAUCGAAUUACUUAAGAGAUUUUUGUUUUAUUCUUAAUUGUUUAUUACCAGCAGGGCACAGUUUUCAUUAAAGCAAAUGAGCCAAUACUCAUUCAAUAUUUAAUUAGUUAAAUAGAAUAAGGGAAAGGAAAAUUCUUUAAUUUGAUUGGUUGUAGUAUUCUGUGAAUAUAUUUCCAUCAAUAUUGGUUAAAAUAGCAAAUGACUAUGAUUUGAUCUUAGUUGUGUAUGAUUUCUUUGCAUGUUUUAUCCCAUAAAAGACUAUAAUCAUUUUAAUCUUACAUUUUCCCUCAGGAAAUUCAGGGUCUUGAAACUCUCUUUUAUUCUCUUGGAGUAAACUUUCAGUGUGGGUUAUGAAAUUUUUUAAUUUUGGAUUUUAAAAAGUUGAGCUGCUGUUUCAUUGAAAGUGUGAAAUGAUGGUUGUCAUUUUUUUCAGUUAUUGGAUUGUUAUAAACUUUAUCAUGUUCAUCUAGUCCACAGAGCAUAGUUUUUUUUAAAAAAAAAAAAAACUAAAAGCAGUUACAGCCUUGCUCUUGCAGUUAUUCUAAUCAGAGUAUAAUGAUUAUAAUCACACAUUGCCAUCUUAACAUAAAUUGGUGCUUUAGUAAAGAGGAAGCAUUAGGUCCCGUAUUCAAUAUACUUUUUGCCUCAGAAUGUACAUCUACAUUAAAAUGUGUGUAUUUAUAUUUAUGUUCAUUUCUUAAAAUUUAAAUUGUAUCCAUAAAGGUUCAAGCUUUUUGCAAUAGCUCUAACAGUGUAUCUUAUAUCAGCCUGAACAAAUACAAAUGGCAUUAUAAGGUCAAAAUUGUGAGUCAGACUUCUCUGUGGUCCCCCUGCAGUAGUUCAGAGGAAAGAAAAAAUGUCCUUCAUACCACAAAUUGCUCUGAACCCUAACCAAGCAACUGAAAUGUAUGCCAUUGGUUCAAGAUUAUAAGCAUUAACCAAGAAAAUUGCAAAGGUAAUUAAUGAUUCACGUCAUCACUUCCUGCAAAUGGUUCAAAGCAUGUUCUUCUGAUGGUGGGUUGUUUCGAAGACAUGUUUUUGUCAUUUUAAUACUUUAUUACUAUUGUGAAAUACAUUUUAUAUGUUAAGUUCAGGUGGCUGGUUCUCAUGAUUAUUUCUACAGUUACGUCAUAAUGAGUUGCUUGCAUGCCUACUUAUCUAAGUAAAAGGAUGCUAUUUGCUCUGGAAUGUUCAUCUUUUAAACAGGUUUUGGGUCAUUUACAAUCAUGGUGCAAUAUAGUGUAACAUUAAUUUGUUUUCAGUCAACAGUUUUAUUUUUGUCAUAAUAAAUAAUUACUUUUCCAAUA